CUGAGGGGAAGCAAAACAGGAAAGGACAACUUGUUCUACAGCCCAAGUUUCCUCCACCUUCAUCACCACCUGGAUGGGCUAUAGACAUCAUCCCAAGACAAUAUUUUAAUUUAAGCCUUCUUGCUUCUGCCCAAAAUGAGGAAUCAGCAGGUGAUAUAUUCAAACUCAAGAGUUUUUGAGUCCUCUUCAGAGUCACAGAGUCCGGCCAGUCAGGAUGAGACUCACGGUCCCAGAGAGGUUUGCCACAAAGUGGCUCUUGGGAUCCUUUGCUUACUUCUGAUGACGGCAAUUGCAGUGUGGCUGACAUACAUUUUUCAGUGUAGUCAAGAAAAAUAUGAUCAAAAUAACCUCGAUCAAAGCACUCUACAAAACACCAGCGCCUCUAAGAAAACAUUGACAAAUAAGGCACCAGAGAAUGAAGGCUGCAAAAAUCAGGAGGAACAGAAGAGAUGCUGUGGGAAAACUAAAGCUGUUUUAGAUUACGGAAAGUACACAGGCAAAUGUGCUGAAGCACACUUGUUCUGCUGUGGUAUAAAAUGUUAUUAUUUCAUCAUGGACAAUAAACACUGGAGUGGCUGUAAACAGACCUGCCAGGACUGCAGCUUCUCCCUUUUGAAGAUAGAUGAUGAUGAUGAACUGAUGUUUCUAAAGUACCAGCUUAUUACAAACACUUUCUGGAUUGGAUUAUCUUAUGAAAUAAGCAAAAGCAAAUGGGGAUGGAUUGACAAUGGCACAUCUAAACUGGAUUUAAGGAAAUUAAGAUUAUUAAAAGAAAAUGGAACCUGUGCAUGUCUCAGUUUUCGAGGAAUACGUGAAUCCGACUGUGGUACAAAACGCCCCUGCAUCUGUGAAAAGAGAAUGGAUAGAUUUCCUGAUUCAGUGUACAGUAUGAAGGGAAAGUAAAAAAUGGAACAUUUUA